GAUGUCUUGUCUCGACAUCUGGUGGAAGGCAGGCGAGUUGCUAACCGGCAGUUUUGGCAGACGGUCAUUCUGCGGAACAUUCUGCGGGAAGCACACAUCAUUCUGCGGUCAUUCUGUGGACAGAUCAUUUGUUUUGUUUUGUGUGUCGUUCACACAGUCACAGUUUCACACACUCAAUGUCAGUAUUACUCUUAAAUUUACGUUCAUUAUUUUUCAUGUAUCUAAUUCAGGACUGAGUUUUCCUGACUUUUGUACUGGAUAUAAUGUUUUCACAGAGCAACCGGCUUUGCCUGCUUUAUUACGUGGGGCUAAUGAAGAGCAAGCAGCAACCAACUGUAGAAAAAUACCUAUUGAUCUUGAACAGCUGAAAGAUUAUCUUGCCAGUGAUUUCAAAAAUCGGGGGAUUUCUGUUUUGAUGCAGAUCAGUGAACCAACACUCUUAAACGUAGAAUCAAGAGCAUGGUUUAUCAAAAGAGAAAGCUACUCCAACAUUUCUGAUAAUGAUCUUGAUAUUGUGAUUGCCAACGUGCUCAAAAGGUUUCCCAAGUUUGGUCUACAGUUGUUGCAAGGCAAACUUGUUGCAAAUGGGUACAAAUUGCAAGAGAAGCGUUUGCAAGCUUCCUAUGCUAGAAUUGGGCUGAAGAAAGCUUAACCUGGCUUGAAACAGAUUCCUCGUGUGGUUUAUCACGCAGAUUCCCCUUUACAAAUGUGGCACAUGGAUGGAUUCCACAAUUUGAUGGAUGGGGAUUUGUUCAUGGAAUUGUUGAUGGACAUAGUAAGGCGAUAGUGGGAAUGCAAGUUAGUGACAAUAACCGUUUGACUGUUGUCAAACUGUUGCAUUCCAGCUGCAUCAUUUGGGGAACUACAGCUUGUUUAAGAACUGAUCGGGGAGGAGAAAAUGUAUUAGCAACUGAUUACAUGUUAAAUGUGCGGGGUGUAAAUAGAUUCAGUUUUUUCGCUGGCUCUUCCAUGCGGAAUCAAAGAAUUGAACGUCAGUGGAGAGACACGAAUCAACGUGGUGUUCGACCGUUACUGAACACGUUUAAAGACAUGGAGAAUGCAGGGGUUAUCCAAAGUGACUCCGAACUAGAUCUUUUCAUUUUACAUCAGGUGGCAACUAAUCUAUUCCAGAGGACUCUAGAAACAUACGUAGACUCUUGGAACAACCAUCCUGUACGGACGGAAGGGAAAAAAACUCCAAAUCAGCUAUAUAUUUCCGGCUUGGUACUACUUAAGCAACUUCAGGAAGAAGGACAAUUUCUCCGACCACGGGUCGAACUUCUCCAGGAUGAUGUUCUUCAUCUUCCGGAUAAUUUCAAUGACAUGGAGUAUUUGGAAUCGAUCGUCGGGCAAUUCCGACAAGCACGAGAAGUCCCCAAAUUCACUAAUCCCUUGAACGCUGAAGAAUUCGUCGAACUUCAUCAAAUAGUUAAUCCACAAUCAGUUAAAUUAGACAAUUUAAGUGAGAAAUUUAUCCUUGCCAAAAGAUUUGCAAUUUUCGUAUUAAGUAACAGGAAUGAGAUUGCAUUGUAAAAUAAACGUCAUUACUGCUA